UUUAAUUUAUGAUUGUGCAAAGUGCUAACUAUUAAACACUUUCAGCUUGAUCCCUCCUAAGUCCUAUGUAUAUAAAAACACUCUUCCACAAAUCUUUCCUCCUCAUCCCCAACCACCACCCUCUUCACUCUCUCUCUCUUUGAAAUGGAUCAAGUAGAUAUUGGCCAAGACGGUGAAGGGAUUAAGCUGUUUGGCACAAGAAUAACGUUGCAUGGUAGACAAAGAAACGAAGAUAAAAAGAGCAGUGAAGAAGGGACAGAGGAGAAGAGGCCUGCAGAUAAGACCAUACAGUGCCCAAGAUGCAAGAGCAUGGAAACCAAGUUCUGUUAUUUCAAUAACUACAACGUUAAUCAGCCUAGGCAUUUCUGCAAGGGCUGCCUGAGAUACUGGACCGCCGGCGGAGCCCUCCGCAACGUCCCCGUAGGGGCUGGCCGUCGAAAGGCGAAACAGCCAUGCCAUGACGCCGGUGGUUUACCGGACGGUGACCUAUAUGAAGUAUCCACUGUCCAAAAGUUUGGUUUUGAUGAGUGGCAUGUUUCCACCAUGGUCAACGGUGGUUUCCGGCAGCUUUUUCCAUCUAAACGGCGGAGGACGAGCUCUGGUGGUCAACCUUGUUAAGCGCUCUCUCUCUCUCUCCUUUUUUAUUUUUUAUUUUUGUAUAUUGAAAA